AUGUUCGACAACGUUGACUUCACCCAACCUACUCUGUGGGUCUCGGCCGCUAGCAUUGCGUUCAAUCCUACAUUUUGGAACAUUGCUGCGCAGUCAGAAUAUCACAACAAGGUCAUCACCAAGCUGUUCGGCGGCAACAGUCGCUAUGGAUGCUACGCGCUUGCCGUGACCAUUUUCUCGCUCGGCAUCUUCAGAGAUUACCUCUACAACGAAGCUCUCGCCGACCAGCCUACCUCACCUCUCCUCCUCAACCCGCUCGUCAAAUACUCCGCAAUCCCUCUCUUCAUAAGCGGCAACACGCUCGUUCUGACCUCGAUGUGGGCGCUCGGCGUCACGGGCACAUACCUGGGCGACUACUUCGGCAUCCUGAUGGACUCGCCGGUGACCUCGUUUCCGUUCAACGCGUCCGACGCGCCCAUGUACCACGGCUCGACGCUCAGCUUCCUCGCGACUGCGUUGUGGUUCGGAAAGCCCGCCGGUCUUUUGCUGACCGGCGUUGUCGCUGUUGCGUACAGCAUUGCUAGACAGUUCGAGGACCCGUUCACGGCUAUGAUUUACCGUAAAAGGGACGAGGAGCGUGCCAAGGGCAAGAAGGGCUUGUAA